CCAAACCAUAGCUUUAGACCAAUUGUUUUUAUGGCUACCCUGAGCUCAAGUAUAUAAUGUGGAAUCUUGGAGAGGGAACCGAGACUAAAUUUAGGCCCUCUAUCGCACAUGAACCAUCCUCAUUCUCAUCUUGCAUCGUGUCUAUGAGGAUGGAGUUUGGUUGAAGUGUUGUAGCACAUUUGAGCUGAAGUGCUUCUUGCCAUUCAAACAUGGAUAAUGAUGCUUCAGAGAGCGGCGGGGGACUAGAGGUAGGCGAGUGGCAGAAACACUCAACGAAAGUGGACAGUGUGCCACCAUCAGACUCAGAGCAUCAGGCAGACAGGUCAAGGAACAAUCAUGUCCCAAUGGAGACGUUAGAAUUAGAUCCCGAUUACAAUCCGGAAGUCAGUCCGGACGAGGAUGAAGGGGAAGAAGAAGAAGAAGAGGAGGAUGAAGAGGAAGACAUGAAAUCUUUCAAAGAAGAGGACCAUGAUCAAUCCGAAGGCAGUGACGGCGGAACCGAUGGAGAUAUGAACGUCAAAGAGGAACACGAUGUCUACCACUAUGCAAUGAUCUCCAAGCCAAAAGCCCAAAAAGAACCUCCUUAUAUCGAGAGCGGUCACAAAUGCCCCGAGUGUCAGUUCUUUUCCACCUCAUUGAUGGCGCUGAAUCUUCACCAAUUGAGCCAUUUGAAGCACAUGCAAAGGCAUUAUUGUUCCUACUGUGGAUUUGGCGCCACCAGUCUCAACGCUCUAAAGGAUCAUCUGGGCAACCACUUUGGUGCUCGAAUCUAUAGGUGCUCGUUCUGUUUCUUCACCGCCAUCAAUGAGAAUGAAGUCAGCCAGCAUCUAAGGGCUGAGCACCCAGAUCUCGCAAUCAAACACGAGCCAGAUGGAUCCAUUAACCAAGAGUCGGCCAGCCACUUCCCAUGUGCCGAAUGUGACUUUUCUGCUCAAGACGAGGACGAAUUUCAGAGUCACCUCAUUCAACAUUUGAUCUUGGCCAAAGUGAAGGAUCCGGAUAGGUUUCCGAAACCUAGGACUGAGAGCGGGGACCUCAUCGGAGAAAUCCGAUUCUUGCCCAAGAAACGAAAGUACAAAAGAACCCACCGGGAGCCCACUCCGCCUCCGGAUGACAUGGAGAGUGGGGAUAAUAUUUGUCCAUGGUGCAAUGUUCGAUUUAUUAGUCAGGCCAAGUUGCUCUACCACCAAAAACUGAGGAAACCCACUUUCGACUUUGUGUGUGAUAUCUGCGGGGAUACCUCGCCGUACAUUAAAGAGACCACCAAGCACAUGCAAACCGUAUGCCAGGUCACCAAGUUCAACCAAUGCUCCACGUGCCACCUCUUUUUUGGAAAUGAGGAUAACUUCAAAGCCCACGAGAAUUCCCAUCUAAUGGCGAAUCUAUAUUCUUGCCCACUAUGUAAUAAGACCCUGCCCGUGGGCAAGGAAAGUAAAGACCAUACCAAAUUGCAUUUACUCCCCGAAUAUUUCAAAUGUUCCGCCUGUGAUGAUGAAUUCACAGCCAAAUGUGCUCUCUUUGUUCAUCGGAAGAGCCAUAAGGCUGAAGAGUAUCCUUACCGAUGUGAUCAGUGCGAUUACAAGUCCAAAGAACGAUAUGUGAUGGAACGCCACAAGGUGGCGUCCCAUUCCGUGGACCGCCCUUACAAAUGCAGUGUGUGUGUCAAGUCAUACAAAACCAAAGGCCACUUGCAGGAGCACGAGCGGAAGCACAAACUAGCGCAGAGCCACCGAUGUGACCAAUGUGGGAAAUUCUUCCGCUCCCGAGAGAACAUGAUCAGCCAUCAGAUGCUAGCAGGCGGUCAACUACUCUAUCCAUGUGAUUUCUGCGACUAUGCCACCUAUUAUCAAAACGGAAUUUUGGAACACUUCAAAAGCCACGACCGUGCCAUUCCGAUCCAAUGCAUGCAUUGUCCCCUGUUUUUUGGGGAGACCGCCAGUUUAGACCGACACAAUGAGGAGCACCUGGAUAAGGAGCAUUUUCAAUGCGAGUUCUGUUCCUUCUCGGCUUCCUUGGACGAUGCCAAGAGCCACUUGCUCACUCAUACGAGACCUGGUCAGUAUGAAUGUGAGCAAUGCCCGAAGUCGUUUGGAGCCAAAUGUGCUCUGAUCGUUCAUCGGAAAGACCAUGUCAAAGCGGCGGGAACCAAGAAGACCAACAAACUUCAAUGUUACAAAUGUUUAGAAGUCUUCGAAACGGAGGAAGAGAUACGAAAGCACCGCGAGUUCCACAAGAAAGAGGCCCUCAAACAUUCGUGUAGCGCUUGCGAUUUCAAAACCACCACCAAAGCCUCCUUGGAGCGCCAUAUGCGAAAGCACAACGCGGGUGACGAGCCCAACAUUUGCGGUGUGUGCGGGAAAGGGUUCAAGAAUGCCAAGAAGCUGGCCACGCACGAGGCCACGCACACCGAGGAGAAGGGCUUCAUUUGCGACCAAUGCGGUAAAGGCUUCAUUGCCCAUCCGAGGUUGCGCAAGCACCAGCAACUCUCGGGUGGGGAGCUGGAGUUCCAAUGCGACAUCUGUGAUUACAAUACCCAUUUCCAUUACGGUAUUUUGGAACAUUUCAAGAGUCAUCAUCAAGUGGACCCACCAAUUCAGUGCCAAUAUUGCCCCGCCUAUUUCGGGUACACGAAGAGCCUGGAAGACCACGUCAAGAUCCAUGAGAGCGGUAACGGAUUUCAAUGCCCGUAUUGCUCCCUUCAAUGCUCAUUAUCGGACACCAAGGCUCACAUGCUAACUCAUACGAGUAUUGCCGUAUUCCAAUGCGAGCAGUGCCCGGAAACCACGGGCUCCAAAUGUGCGGCCAAUCAGCAUCGUCUUAAGCACAUCAAAGAUGGAACUCCUUUCAAGUGUCCUAUGUGCCCGUACACGGCCACCCGGCCAUACCUCAUCCGUGACCACAUGACCACCCAUAGCGACGAUAGGCCUUACCAAUGCUUCACUUGUGGAAUGACCUUCAAAUGGCCGGGAGUGCUGAAGCAACAUCAAAAGACACACACGGAACAGGGCCUGUUCAAGUGUGAAGUGUGCGAUAAAGAAUUUAGUUACUCGUCAAGCUUGCAGAACCACAAGAAACGACGUCACAGUAAGAAGCAAGCCAUUUGUCAGAAGUGUCCAAGCCCUAAUCGUUCGGUGAAGAACGGCGAAUUCUAUUGCUUGAGCUGCUCCUUCUCCACCACGGAUCGCAAUCAAUUUGAUGGGCAUUUCCUCUCCACUUCGUGUACCGGCUACAUGAAGGAGAGCCAUGCUUGCGAGAAAUGCUAUGUGACCACUACCUGCGAACACUUUAUGAACGAUCACUUGAGGAAGUACCACCACAAAAGCCUCUCCUUGAUACCCUAUGACGCUACCGAGAGCUCUGGACCCAUGGCCUACUAAUUUCAAAAUGGCAUUUAACAACAGACUAACUAACCCUCGUCUGUUGCUGCACUUCAUUUAGUCAGCUUUGGCUAUAGGAAAGGCUGUGAGGCAGGACACGUGAAUGAAUUUCCUGCCACUUGCCAGUUCAAAGAAAGAAUUACCUUUUGAUCAUUUCGUUUCUGCCUGAAAUAAAUCCAUCGCUAAAGAGAAUUGUAAGGCACUCGAAAAAGUCGGGGCCCUAUUUUUGUACGAGCGUAGGAAAGGCGCCGCUCGCCAUGUAGCCUAUCCAACAUAGUAGUAGCAUGAAGCGAACACAUAAGACGCCUGAACCAUAAGAAAUAAUCAUGCUUCGUGAAAGGCUAUGAUCAAUUACAAGCAGUCUGAUGAUUGCCAAAGUACCACCACGAAACACGAUGAUUGAGAGCAAAGUUUAAUACUAUGUAUUAAAGGAAGCAUUAAAUGCAAAAGUGCACAAGUAUGUAGAAGAUCAGGUACGCAUCUCGUGUGGUAAAAUUCAACGCAUGUUUGGCGGGGGUUCACUCAAGUUCGGAAACCAAUCUUGGAACAGUGCUUUUUUGCCAGAUGGGCCAAAGGAAUCCUGGGGUAGGACGGUUACCUUGGGUCGGAACGGAAAUGAAGGGGGCGGGAUGGAUAUCAAGGGCGUCAACACCUUCUCAGAUUGCUUCCGUCGGGGAAAAUGCUGGGCCGCUCCAUGUCCCUGUCCAUUCAUCUUCUUGUGUAACGCAUUUUGGAUUUUUCUAUCCUUCUUAUCGGCAUUGUUAUUCCCAUCCGAUCUCCGGGCCCGCCGUUUCGAUUGGGUAUUAGUCUUGGUUGGGAACUGAACGUCGGGAUCUCUGACGGUUAACACGACUCGAUCGAUUUGGGGAACUGGUGCUGGUUGUCCAUGGUCUCUGCAACUUUGUCGCUUGGCUUCCAAGGAGACCCAAUCUAAAAAUCUGGAUAUCCUUUGGAUCCGUUCCCAAGUUUCGGAGGUUGGCGUGCCUGGAAAAUCCACGGGUGAGGCGUUGGGUGUGGA